AUGACAAAUAAAUAUAUCUGGCAUAAUUUAGAAACAUCAAAUCAAUUUUAUAGUACAUUGCAAAAUGUAUGUAAAUUUAGAAAAAAACAUUUAUUGGAAAAAUACAAUCAAUGUGACUUACAAAAAACUAUGAUAAAUAGUAAUAUUUAUAAAUUAAAUAAUGAUUGCUUAAUACUUAUUUUCCUCUAUUUACCAAUUGUAGAUAGAAUUAGGAUAGAAAGGGUGUGUAAAAGAUGGCAGAAAAUAAGUCAAAAAUCUUGGCAUAAUAUAAAGAAAUUAGAUCUAAGAAAUUAUACCUGGGGAUUUGCUUCUAAUGCUAAAUUAAAACAAAUAAAUACAGUUAUUCUUAAUAAAGUAUUAUCACGAUGUGAAAUCAUUGAUGUCAGUUAUCUCCAAGUACCUUCAACAGGAAUAACAUCAGUAAUUAAUAACUGUCAUAACAUAAAGAAACUUAGUUUAGAUUGUAUAUAUCUUUUCGACACAGAUUUGGAAAAACUAUUCAAAGUAAAUCAACAAUUACAAUUUCUUAAAUUAGUUGACAUUAAAAUAUCUGGUAAAUGUUUAUUACAUUUACCAUCAAAUACAAUAAAAGAAAUUAUUAUAAAAAGAUGUGAUUAUGUUUGUGAUGAUGAUGUAGCAGAGGCAAUUACAAGAUUAAAUAAUUUAAAACAUUUUAUAAUAUCAGAAUGUUUUGAUACUUUAGAAAAAACUACAAAAGCUAUUGGCAAAUAUUCUACAAGUUUAGAAACAUUGGAAAUUGUUGGUAAAUCUAGCAUGUUACAAUUCAAUGGUAUAUCACAUGUAACUACAUUAAGUAAUCUUAAAAAUUUGAAAGUAAGUGCAAAUUGGUUUAUUUGCAACUCUAUUCUUUGCAAAUUAAGUUCACAUUGUCAACAACUGAUUUACUUAGAUCUUAGUGAUGUUCCAGGUCAUUUUAUUACAGAUCAUACUUUAGCAGCUAUAGAAAAAUUUACAAAAUUAGAAAUAUUGAUAACACGUGAUUUAUAUCAAGUAACCAGCAAUGGUUUAUUACAUUUAUAUAAUUUAAAACAGCUAGUGUGUCAAGAAUGUAGUUUCUUUGAUAUAACAAUAUCUAAAUUUAUUCAACAUUCUUUUCAAUUGAAGAUAUUAGAUUUAUCUGGAUGUCGUAAUAUAACAAAUGUUACAUUAAGAAGAGCAGUGACAGCUACUAAUUAUAGAACUAAUAACAUUAUUUUGAAUUUAUUUAUUGGUGGAACUGCAGUUAAUCUUGAAACAUUCAAGGAAGUAUCACCAUUUUUACAAAUAUAUAAUACAGAUUCACGUUACAAAGAAAUAUUUCCAUUUCAUCCAGAUUCCAUAUUAAUAUAAAUUUCUUAUAAAUGUAUUUUUCUAAAUAUUUAUUAAUUGUAUUAUAAAAUAUAUAUUAUAUCAUAAGGACAUAAAAUAAAUCUAAUAUUCAAU